AAACCUUUUCGAGUCCAGAAAAAAUCACGAAAAUUGAAUAGUUUAAUAUUUAUUUCAGAUGGGGAGUCUGAUGAGGAAAGACCAAUGGCAACAGGAUCUGGAGGUGAUGGGAAUCACCACUUCAAAAUGCUGGUGCCCAGCGCUGCAGCUGGCGCCAUUAUUGGAAAAGGAGGCGAAACAAUUGCCCAAUUGCAGAAAGAAACCGGCGCACGCGUUAAAAUGUCAAAGUCACAUGACUAUUAUCCCGGCACUUCAGAGCGCGUUUGUCUGAUCACGGGCAGCUCGGAGGCCAUCAUGGCCGUGCUGGACUUCAUCAUGGAUAAGAUUCGCGAGAAGCCGGAUCUGUCCAAAGCCAUCUUCGAGGCGGACUCAAAGUCGAAUGAACGCGACAAACAAGUGAAGAUUCUGGUGCCUAAUUCCACGGCGGGCAUGAUCAUCGGCAAGGCGGGCAACUACAUAAAGCAGAUCAAAGAGCAGAGCGGAUCGUACGUGCAGAUUUCGCAGAAGUCAAAAGAAGUCAGUUUGCAGGAACGGUGCAUCACCGUCAUAGGCGACAAGGAGCAAAAUAAGAAAGCCUGCAUGAUGAUCCUAGCCAAAGUCGUAGAAGACCCUCAGAGCGGCACGUGUCUGAACGUCUCUUACGCCGACAUUAACGGCCCCGUGGCCAAUUUCAACCCGACUGGGUCCCCGUUCGCUCAGAACCCGCAAAACCCCGCCGCGGCGGCUGCUGCAGCUGCCGCUUUCGGAGGCGCUGCUGGACUGACGGCAGCGCAGCAGAGUCUCGCGCUAAACGGGGCUGCAGCUGCCGCGGCCGCUGCCGCUGGUCUACAGAUCAGUCUUAAUUUGACGGCGCCCGGCGGGCAGAGCGUCACGGGAGUCGCGCAACUGUUGGAUCACAUGAAGGUGCAGUUGAGGAAUUCUGGAUACGCGGAUUCUCAGAUCGUGGAAGUCUGUCAGGCGAUAACCGUGCUUGUCAAAUACGGGAUUAUCGGAAUAGGUUUAGGUUUAGGAAGCAGUCACCAUGCCGGUCUACCUGUUUCGAAUUACCUGAGCAUGAUGGAUCAGACAGCUGCUGCGGCCGCAGCUACCAACGCAGCUGCCACCAAUAGCGUGUUUCCUCUAGGACAGAUCACUUUAGGAGAAUGUCUUGGUGCAAGCUCUCCAACGCCACGUUCCUCCCUAGAACGUUACGAAUCAACCUUCGACCCGUUCCGUCACCAAGCAUCAGCAGCUACGGCGCCCAUCUCCCUUAACAACAACAGCUUCGGCCUUGGCACCGGUGGACAACAGAUGGCAGCAGUGUUGAGCAAAAGUCCCACGCCUGCCGAACUAACAGGUCCCAAGGACACCAAAAACGUCGAGAUUGCAGAGGUCAUUGUCGGAGCCAUAUUGGGUCCCGGCGGUCGUUCACUGGUGGAAAUCCAGCAAAUCAGCGGCGCCAAUAUUCAAAUCUCGAAGAAGGGCAUCUUUGCUCCAGGUACCCGCAACCGCAUAGUCACAAUCAGCGGCAAUCCGCACGCAAUCAACUCAGCUCAGUACCUGAUCGAACAGCGAAUCAACGAAGAGGAGCUGAAAAGGGCUAGGAACAACCCACCUCCCACGCCAGCUCAACUCGGCCCUUUGGCCAUGCAGUAAACGGUUGCACCGCUCCACUUUCUCGAGAGGCGUGGCUAAAGACGCUCAGCUCAAAUGGGGGGGUCAUGGCGCCACUCUUCCUCUCAACGUAUAUCAACCGCCCUUUCUCUUAGGAAAAGGCGUGUCUAAGAUAGCUCGACCCACAUACAGUAUAGAGUGGUGCUUCGCGUUUCUUCCCCCUUGUGAAGAGGCGUGUCUCAUGUUGCUGUACGGCUAUUUCGCUUUGCAGCAGAGCGAGCGAUAUCAUCUCUAUUGCGCCUCGGCGUAUGUUACAGACGCCCUCCAAAGAAAAAGCGUGUCUUUUAGUUAUUCUGAUAAUAUUUAAAUCGCGAUGAGAUUGCAUAGUCGUACUGAUGUUUUUGAUGUUUAUCAAUGUUGUUAUGAAAAUGGAUGUAAAUGUGAUAACUGCAGUACCAUUUUUUGUUAAAUAUAUAACAAAAUACCGUAAUUUAUUCAAAGGUUUCCUGAUAUUUUUUUUCGCUGCACUAUAUGUAUACGACAGAAAAUAUACCUUUGCAAUAUAUAGAACCUUGCAAAAAUCUUGGGAAACCUGAAUCUUGCUACCUAGAAAACUUGAGACGAAAAUAUUGAAAAUAUUCAGUUUUAAAAAAUACUCUAAAAGACAUGCCUUUUCAAUAUAGUUCCAGGUACAGCAACCUUCUAUAUUCUUAGUUUCAGCUAAUGCAGGUUUCAUGCGUUACAAUAUACGACUUAUUCAAAUCACUUAUAUUGUUACUUUUUUGUUUUAAGUUUAUAGUGUACUAUGUAAGUACAUUAUAAGAAAAUACCUCAUUGAUCGGUCUAUAGAAUCUGCAUUACCUUGAACUUUUGACACACAGGAUGCAGUAGAAACAAUGAAUUGAAUAUCGGAGAACAAUGUGUUAAUUGGCACAUACUUCGUAUCACAAAUGAAUGGGCAUUUUUCUAACCAAACAACUUUUGAAAAUUAAAUCCUAAUCUUUAAUCAAAGAUUAUCGUGAUUUAUUCCACUGCAUCUUGUAUUCAUACAGGUAUUUCUCAAUUUUGUGAGGUUGCCAAACAAGUAUCUAAAUGCCGAAGGAGUAGUAGAACUCCGAAAGCCUCAUCUGUUGUUACCGUUUGUGCGUCAGGUUGAAAAUUUAGGUUAGUUUUUGACCAACGCUAAAACUAACCAAAAUUUUAAUACCGCGUCCGAUAUACUAGUAUAAAUAAUAUGUGUAUGUCACUGUACCAGAUAUGGUACAGUAUAAAUGUCUAUUGUCCUUUAGUCAUUCGUAUAUUUGUAAUCGUUUUGAACUUGUAACUUGUAAAAUAUAUACAGUUGUUUUGUAUUAACUUGGAAUUAUAUUUUUUUAAGUUGUGUGGUAAGUAAUUUUAGAGAGAAACAUUCGUUGUAUAACUUGCAAAUGGUGUCAGGCGAGUUUGGAUUUUGACUAAUAUUGAUUGGCUAGAAUGACUGUGAUAUUUUUCAAACUUAUUUUAUUACAUUGCUACAUUCAUCAUGUAUAUGCGCUCAUUUUUUGACAGUUUGGUCAUUUCACCUUAACCAUUUGCCAAAGGUUUCAUGUACUCGUACUGCAGUUGAUUUCUCUUCCAGUUCGUUUUAUUGAAUAUGAAAUUAUUAUUCAAUGUCAAAUUAGUUCUUUGUCUAAUAUGUUGAGACUUUUCAGAACACCUUGUUUGUAAUCACAAUUUUGGUUUUUUUGAAUUCACUUUGUAAACAAACAGCUCAGUUCAGCUACAUGAUGGGUUAGAUCACAAUUUGUAUCAGCACGAUAAAAAACAUUUAGGAAAUUAAUCAAAAUAUCAAUUAAAAAGCAAAACUGCAGUACUCUGAGGCAUCUCAGCUUUCUCCAUUCUUUUUUAGCUAGCCCUCAAAUUUCCAAACUCGCCGUGUCACCGCAUGCAUGCUUCACAAAGGGAAGUUACUGAAUGGAUCUGAUUAAUUAAAAAAGUGGAUAGAUUUAAAAUUGUUGACGAUUUUAAAUCGAAAUUGUGAUGAAAUCAUUUGUAGUUUUCAUCUCGCCACGCGUCACCUUUUUUGCUGUCUACGUCACCCAUCCUGUGAGUAAGCAUAAUCACGCGUCUUUUGUUUUUUGUCCAGAAAUCUCUUUGAAACAAUUAUUCUCAGUUCACAGCGGAUUUCUUGAAUUUAGACGGUUCAUACACGAACUACUGAUAGAUUAUUUAUAGUCAAAAUCACGAAAGAUGAUUAUACGUCAUACCAUAAAUUGUACUGAAGUAAUCAAUGGACGUACGUCGAUGAUAGAAUCACGAGUCAGAAACAUAAUGACAACAAAUGUAUAUUAUGAUUUUACGAAGUUAGGUUAUUUCACUGAUUAUUUUUAUUUUCAUUUUAUUUCAUGGUUUUGAGUUAUACCUUAAUAAUAAUUUUAGUGGCGAGUUUUUGUUUUGAAAAAAACAGUUAUGAGUAGAAUACCUACCUUAAGACAUGAACACCAAAGACCAAAGUAUUAUUGCAAAACGACAUAACCUACUUUAACAUAACCUAACUAUUCAUCUUUCAAAUAUGAUCGAUCAAGCAACAUGAAAAUAUCGUCUAUCUUCGUUUAGACAAUAAAAUUCUGUUUGUCUCUGUCUGACAUAUCAGAAACUUCAUUAAAUAUAUUCACAAAUCGCUGUCGUUUACUACAGACGAAAAUGAUGACGUAAUCGUCAUCUUUCGUGAUUUCGACUAUAUAGGGUAAACAUCUUUUUGCGGUUUACUACUGAGUAAAGGCAUCACUUUUGUAAGACAUCAUAAUUCUUCAGAAUUAUGAAAAUCAAGAUCAAGAGUGAUGAUAGGUUUCAGAACCAAUUAUUUAAAAUCAGUUCAUAUGAUACAAGUAGUCAGCCAAAAUUAAAGUAUCUGCCCUAUCUAUACAAAGCCUAUCUCUGAUUCUCUAAGAAUUUAAACUAACUAAUCUAGGUGCAAGUAGAUUAGGUCCAUUUCAAUUUUUCCUCAGGUUAAAGAUCGCUAAUGCUUUUCGUUAGAUUUUAAAAUGCAUGCUGCUUAUAUUACUUUGUGAUUGGUAAUAAAUGUUAGAAUGUGAAUUUAACAUAACCUCUUGAGGGUAACUUUUAACCAGUAUAUGGUAUUAUUGUUUUGACGGAAAGGUUAUGUGAUAUUUGCCUUCCAUGGUCAAAUUUCGGGAAAUGAGUACCUGCGACAAACCUCAUGUGUAUAUAUGCAAGAUAUAUUCGGCUUGAUGUUACCAAUCAUAAAAUGGUUUGGUAAUAUUUUACUUCAGAAAAAAAUUACAAAUGUGAUCUGAAUACAAGGUGCUUUUAAAGGAUCUAUUCCGAUUAAAAGUUCAAAAACUCUUGACAUUGUUUUUAUUUGAAACUAGUGAGACUAGUAAGGCCCAUGUGGCGCCAAAAAAUAUAGGUAUAACUAUAUUUAGAGUAAUUUUGGGAAUUUAAUUCAUAUUCUUCACACUGAAGAUUUCGUUUAAGAGUUCAAACUAUUAGAGCUACUUUAAACUGAAACUAGUUAGGCUGUCGUUUAAGGUAGAGGGGAAACAAGAUUAUAGCAUUGCAACAUGAAAACGAAAACUGAAAAUCGAUAAUUUGCAAAAAAAAACUGCCAAAGCUAAAACAUUGUCAAUUAUCGUAUUCACCAUUAAAAUUCGUGUAUAAAAAUGACGUUCACCUCGAAAGAAUGUUGAAACAUUGUCCAUGAUAAUUCUAGAGUCAUCUCAUUUCUUGCUGGCAGAGAGAGAAUAACUGAAGUAAAUUACUAUCAAACAUAUUCAUACGGGGAUUCAUCGGGAUAUGGUAAGCAUUAAUAACAUUUUCGCUGUAAAUGGUCAUAGAUAGCUAUAUUCUACGUUAAUACACAUCUUUGAAAGUAUAUUAUAUACAAAAACAGAUAAAUGUGACUCAAAUCAUUUAUUGUUGUUAUAGCAUGUUGUUAAUAUUGUUAAUGUUGGACAGUGACCACCGGUAAAUAUUUUCUAUAUUUUUUAAAAUGCAAAAGUGUCUUUACAACCGUAAAUUCAGAUGGCAAAGAGUUAAACAACAGCAGGAGUGUAUCAAUAAGCAAUUCAAGGAUGAAAAUUAUAAUGAAAAUAUGCCGAUGGUUGCGUCGUAAGUUUAAUUAAAUGUUUGUGAUUGCCAUGUAUUCAUUGUAUAUUUAAGCAUACCCAGAGUUCUAAAUCAACAUAGUUUCGAAAAAAAUAGUAGAUAAUAUAUGUAGUUCGUUAGAUCAUCAAAGUUUUAUCGAUGUCUUGACUUCAGUGCAAAGCUGUGGCUUCAUAAUGCAGAAACGGGCAUUAUAUCGGAUGUUUUGGUCGGCUAUUCUCCGAAAUAACACAAUAUUGUUACAGCUUCGAAAAAAAAGUAUGACAUUUCUUCACGGCUUUUGGAAUUUUAUUUCUGAAGCGGGAUGCGGUAUAUAAAUAGCCGUACCAAAAUGGCCGUUAUCAAUAUUCUCCAGCUCAGAAUUUGCUAUGAUAGCCAUUUUAUGCAAACUAGUACAAAAAUGUAGCGUUGCCAUCGUCUUUCCAAUUCGUCUUGUAGUCAAAAACAGUUUGCAUGGCGGGUCAUAUUUGCAUUCGUUCUUUCCACUUCUUCGCUGGGUUCAUUUUUUCUUUUCUCGUCCAUUUUAUGUUGAGGCGUACAAACUGCAUCUCAAAACAUUAGAUCCAGUGGAUUCUUAAAUGUUUUUAGGUUAAGCUUGGUUCGCUCUACAUGUAAAAAUUUUCGCGUUCAUACGCUUGCUUCUUGAUUUGACUUGGCCACUUCUUGCAUAAUAUUCGUUUUUGGCUAUUAACUGGAUAUAUUGCGUAAGAGAUAUACAUAUAUUGGAAUAAGAAAAAUCCAUUCCUUUAUCAUGUUUAACCUAUUGAACAUAAAAUAUAUUUUUAAAUAUGCAUCGCGCAUCAGUCCUAUUCAGUUAUUAGCUAAAAUAGUGAGCACAACAGUAGAAAUGGAUGAUUUCUAGACAUUCCAUGUGUACAGAAUAUUGUAUCAUAUAGAGUUUAUUUUUAUCACUUGUAUUGUAUAGUUAAGUUUUUUUUAAGUUUGAGAUUAUAUUUGUCCAACCUGUUAAAAAUAUUUCGAAUUUCUCGAAAUACUUCCACAAAUACUUAUUUACAUUUACUUGCAUUCAAUUGGAAUGUUAAGAGUGAGAUUAGAGAUUCCAUCAAUUGAAUGAUCAACGAAAUUAGAAACAUAACUUGAACAUCCACACAUAAUCCGCAUACCUAAACUCAUUUUUAAUAAAAUCACACAAAAAAUUCACAAUAUAAUUACUGAAAUUACCCUAACUCUCAAAUUUUUAAAACACGUAUAUGAACGCUGACAAUAUUCCAUUACACUUCCAGCAAUUUUACACAAAACGCCUAUUCAUGAUUUUCAUGUAAAGUUUGCAACUUGGUGAGGUAUCUGUGAUAAGGUAAACUAUGCAUAGAGUACAAUAAUUGAAGUAUUAAUUACGUGAAAGAUGAGCCUUAUAUUUUUUUAAUACACGUUUGGGCAACAAAUAUCAAGAUACAAAAUUAAUGGAAUUAUCCAUAUUAACAAAUUGAAUAAAAAUAACUAUUAAUAAAACAUAUUGGAGUAUUGUUAAAAACGAUUUCUAAUUUUAGUAAUAUCCACGCCUAUAUUUUGUUGCCUGAACUUAUAAAUAGCACACGUUUUGUAAGAAGUGGCCAAAAAUCUUUUGCCCAUAUAUAUAUAUAACUCAUCAAUUAUAUUUUUAUAAAAGUAAUGUUGCUGUGAUAUUCACAUCAUUUGAGUCACUGUCAUCAUUAUUUACGAAGGUACAUAUUUUAUUUUUAAUUUUGUUGUGCAAUAUACCGAUGGAUGUAAUUCUGGUCCAAUUUGCGUCCUCCAUAUUGAUUUUCUGUGACUACGUUUUUUAUCCAAUAUUGAAGCAGCUAAAAGCAACAGUGCCUAACAUCCAGCUCUUAACAAUCUACUUGACAAGAGCCUAACUAGAUUACUGGGAUUCGUUAUGAACGCAGGAACAGAAACAACAAAUAUGGACAAUGUUGAAUUGGAGCAAAAAUAAAUUUUGCUAAUCUUCUAACUUUUAAGGUGAUGGCAUAUUGUUCUAUAGUACUAAGUCGUUGUCGCAGUACAUUAGAAUUCUGCGAUUGUUUCAUAAUACAUUCAUAGUCAUUAACAUAGGACGUUUUUUGAAAAAUUAGGCCAGUUUGGGAUUGACAGGUGAUUUUUUUGUGUCGCAACGGAGUUCGCAGACGAUCAGGUUGUUGGGAUUUUAGAAUGUAGGACAUAUGCCAAUGUUAAGUUUCAAAUAGGUACAUCAUUUGGAAGGAAUCGGGCUCUCCUCGUAGCAAGCAGGUUCUGUGAUAUUGUUAAAACGCAAAAUGCUUCUUCAAUGGGCCAUUCGUAGCAUACCUAUGCAAGAAAUCUGUCAGUGUCACUAGGAAAUACUCAACUCCUAAGGAUCAGUGUUUAUAAGGGGUGUUUUCGACCCUGUACAAAAUUCAAAUUUUAAGUUAAAAUCCACGAAAUUCUUGCAUUCAAAUUAUUCAGAAUAUGUUUAUUUUAUAGUUCAAUCAACAUUUUGCUUCUUAUUUUAUUAGUUUAUUCCUCUUUAAAAGCCCGUGUUUCAAAAUUUUUGUAGUUUUGGCCAAAAUUCAACUUGCUAUGUUUAAAUGAGCGUAUAGUCGUAACACUUCCUACGUAAAAUCUAAAAACAAAGACAAUUAUAGUGAGAUGAGACUGAGUUUUGUUUUAAUUGUUAGUGCAGUGCCGCUUUAGUUUCAUUUUAAUAUAUGUUUUAUUAUAGAUUUGGAGUAGCAAGUGUUACGUCCAUGCUUCCAUAUAAAAAUAGCAAGUAAAAUAUUCUCAAAUGGGUGAUUUUUAGACAAAAAAAAAACAAUCAGGUACAGAAACAAAAAAGAAACACUGAUGAAAUUUCUUAAAUGCUCUAAUUCAAACAAAAACAAACACUUUAUAGACCCCGAUCCUUUAAAAUAGCAUGAAAAAGUAGUAAGAGACACGGCAUAACAUGCUUAUUUGAAUUUGAAACCAAAUAUUUCACAGUGAAAGUGCGACAGUACCAGAUUUUAGUCAGCUGUCGCCACGCUAGUGGUUUCUUUUAGUGAUACAGUCAAGUCACAGAAAAUCUGCAUAAUUGUAAUUAUGUAUGUUUUACUGACCAAUACUAGCUUGCUAUGAACGAGUGCUUCAAUACAUUAUUUAAGUUUAUAAUUUAAAGUGCAGGGUGGACUUCUUGGAUAUCAAUCUACGAUUCCUUAAAUAGAGCUUCAGAUUUCUUUGCAGUGGAAGUUUCGCUGACACAAUGAGAACAUUCCGAGAAAAAGUAAAUCAAAAUGUUUAUUCACCCCCAGAAUAAUCGGCUCUUAGCAAUUGGGAUCCACCCUUAAGAUCUUAGAUAUGAUAUUUUAACCUAAACACUUCAAAAUGCAUGCUUUUUAAGGUAAUUUAUUUUGGUUAAAAAUAAUAAUCGAAGGGCAGUUGUUUGAAUAAUAGGCUUGUAAUGCACGUAAUCACUCAAGGGCCUAUAUAUAACAUAUAUUUAGAAAAUGUUGAAGACAGUAUAACUUAUAGCAUCUAGCAAUAUUGAAGUAUAUUAUUAACAUCAACUAGGUUGUAAUAAUCCAGUACACUGCUAUUAGAACAAAACACUGGUGCUCAUUUUGAAAAUGAUUUUUAAAAUUGAGCUACAUUUCUGAUCCAUAAACGUGGUGUAACAAAAAUAUUCAGUGGGAUACUUGUAAAGAAUAUAAUAUCUAAAGUCGCAUCAAAUAUAAUUUCUCAAAAAUAUAUUAUAAUAGAUGUCAGUGAAUUUGACAGAAGAACUAGAAACACCAAAUCUCCCAAAAUAUCUAUUUUCAAACUGAUAUUUUAAUACGUUAUGGGUGACAAAAUCAUGUAAAUUCAUGUAUUCAUCAUAUCGCCUUGAUGAUGCCGACUUUUUGUAUGAUAUUCGCCUCUCCCAAAUCUACUGGAUUACCUUGUAACCUUUUAAAAACUGUGCACCUUCUGAUGAAUCAUCCAUAACACACAGUAUCGAAACAUCUUUUAUUUAUAUUUUAUUUUGUUGCUAAAAAUUCCACUAUUGCCAAUACUUGUAAUGCGAGUCGUCAAUGACAUAUUAUGCUCCUGUGCCGCUUUGAUUUCUUCCUCCCAUUGAUUUACCAUUAUUUUUAGUUCGCAUUGUUUAGAUUUUAUCACAUAGAUAUUAUUGUUAAACGUAAUAUAUUUCAAUAAAUCCAUAGUGCCAUAUGUACGUAUUAUUCAUAUAUCAUCAUACCCAUACUCCAUCCAUCCAUAACCAUUCGAUGACUUUGGGUUGACUGAUGUUCAUAUAACAAGGGAGACUGAUCGUACUUAGGAAAUUAAGGAAACUAACUCCAAUUGAUAGAGAGAGCAUUUCGACGUUUUUGUAUUAAAUGCUCUAGGUAAUUCGACUGUCUUCACUAGAUGUAGGAAUCGUUCGUAAAAAUCUAAUAAUGAUGCUUCAAUUUUCUUCCAUGUUUAAAACCCUCGACUAUCAAAAAUACGUCCCAGAGAAUAUUAAGAAUUUACAAACUAAAUUAAAAAUACACAUUUCAGCAUACGUUUUUUUUUAAGGAUUUUAUUUUUCUAAUACUUUUCUACUUUGGUCCUUAUUUGCAUUUGUUUAGUCUUUGUAUAAUUUUUUUGCUUUAGGUUAAUAUAAUGAUAUAAUAAAUGGAUCUUACUUCGUGUAAUAGUAUACUUAUAUUCGAAUUUCCUUCAACAUUUAAUUAUUGGCAAAUAUCCUCUAUUAAUUGGCAUUCGCCAACCUAAAAUCAUCGAUGACGUCAUCACGCUAAACCACCUAACAUCUCUCUUCUAUACAAAGCACAUUAUGUGUCUUAUUUUAGUAUGUUAAAUUAUGUAGUGUCAAAAGACGAUCCAGUUGUUAUUGUUGUUUUUUUGUAUGGAAAUAAAGUUUUUUAAAUUCUUAUUUUUUGAGAAAUAGAAAAUUUUUAUGAAAAUUAAAAC